CUCAAGAGAAACACGCAAAAAUUUUCUAGGGUUUGCAUACCAUCAAUGGCGACGCAGCUGAUCGAGAGCAACCGCGAUGGCGCCGAGGUCUACCACGGCGCGGAUCUCUGCAAAAAGAAGUGCAUCGAGGUCCUUGAAGAGAUGCAUCUCCCUCGGGGGCUGCUGCCUCUGAACAAUCUCGAAGAGGUUGGGCGGAACAAGGCGACGGGGUUCGUUUGGCUCCGGCAACCCAAAUCGGUGAAGCAUGACUUCGAUAAGAUCGGCCGUCCGGUGUCGUACGCGACGGAGGUAACGGCGUUCCUGGAGGACAGGCGGAUGAAGAGGGUUUCCGGCGUGAAGAGCAAGGAGAUGCUGAUCUGGGUCUCGCUCUGCGACAUCUUCAUCAACGACGCUGAUGGAGAUAAGAUCACGUUCAAGACUCCCACGGGUUUGUCUCGAUCCUUCCCCGUUUCCGCUUUCGAGUUGGAGGAGACGAAGAACUAGGAGUAGAUCGGAGUGGCAUUCUCGUUAUUACUGAUUUAUAUGUUUUCUUUUUAUUAUAUUAAUAAUAUUAUUAUUAUUUCUAUUA